CCGCUGUCUCUGCGCUCUGACCGGAGGGGGCUGGCUCUCCCUGAUUGAAUCCAGCUGUUGUGAAUGUGCUCGGUAGGGGCCAAGUCAAUUUGCAUUGCUAAAUAAUGUGUAGAGCCGACAGAGUGGAGCAGAAACCGAACAGUCCAUUUUGAAAAGGCAUUCCUGCGACACUUGGUCAAUGUACCGAAGCUGCAGCUCGACCAGACAGCGGUUAAUGAGAACCUGGUCUCGGCUUUCGCGUAAAGGCGCAUAGCUGGGGGGUGCCGAGGGGAUUCGGGGAGAAUUUACGGGUCGUCUAAAUCUUUCUUUUGAGAAACCAUAAACCAUGCUUUUUGAAAGACGUGGCUUCAGGUUUUGCUCUUCUGCAAGGAUGUUUGCAGCUCUGGUAUUUAUUCUGCUUUGCAUCCAGCCUGGACAUGGACAGACCUGCACAGAAGGUUUUGCAUAUGACCACAGGGCGAGACAGUGUGUGGAUGUGGAUGAGUGCCGUACCCUGCCAGAUGUUUGCCGAGGAGACAUGCGCUGUGUGAACCAGAACGGAGGCUACCUGUGCAUCCCGAGGAGCCUGUACAACCAGCCGUACAGACCGGAGACCCCGGCCCUGCCUGAGCCAGUUUACCCGGACCCGUCGGGUGGAGGCGCCUUCCUUCCAUCUCCUCCGAGGUCUGUGGAGCCCAGCUACCCCAGAGUGAGGACCACUGCGCAGUGCAUCCUGGGAUAUACUCCUGCAGAGGAUGGCACCUGUAACGACAUCGAUGAAUGUGAGACAAACUCUCAUCACUGUAACCCCACUCAGGUCUGCAUCAACACAGCAGGUGGCUACACCUGUUCCUGCACUGAAGGAUUCUGGCUCAUUGGGGGGCAGUGCCAGGAUAUUGAUGAAUGUCGCUAUGGUUACUGCCAACAGCUGUGUGCCAACGUCCCCGGCUCUUAUUCCUGCUCCUGUAACCCCGGCUUCAUCCUCAACCCGGACAGCAGGACCUGUCAAGAUGUGGACGAGUGUGAAGAUGAGCCGUGCAGUCACGGCUGCUUUAAUACCUACGGCUCCUUCAUGUGCAACUGUGACGAGGGAUUUGAGUUGGCAGCCGACGGUACUUCUUGCAUCGACUUGGAUGAGUGCAGCUUCUCUGAGUUUCUGUGUCAGCACAGAUGUGUGAACACCCCCGGCUCCUUCUCCUGCAUCUGUCCGCCUGGAUAUUAUGUAUAUGAGGACGGCAGGAGUUGUGAAGAUAUCAAUGAAUGUGACACUGGUAACAACACCUGUACAACAGCACAAGUAUGUUUCAAUUUCCAGGGAGGCUAUACAUGCCUGGAUGCUCUACAGUGUCACUCUCCUUACAUCGAAGUUAGUGACAAUCAGUGUAUGUGUUCAGCUGAGAACCCUGCCUGCAGGGACAAACCCUUCACUAUUCUCUACCGACACAUGGACUUGUCGUCGGGGCGCAGUGUGCCUGCAGACAUCUUCCAGAUGCAGGCCACCACGCGCUACCCCGGCGCCUUCUACAUCUUCCAGAUAAAGUCGGGCAACGAAGGACGGGAGUUUUACAUGAGGCAAACCAGUAAUGUGAGCGCCACGCUGGUCUUGUCCCGGCCAAUCAAGGGGCCCAGAGAGUUGGUGCUGGACUUGGAGAUGGUCACAGUCAACAACGUCAUCAACUUCAGAGGCAGCUCCAUCAUACGUCUGACUGUAUUUGUCUCCGAGCACCCGUUCUGAGCGUCCCAAUCGGACCUCGGCGCCCAGCAAAGAAUCAAGCUGCACUCGUCUGCUGCAGCUGACGUAAUGUUCGUAUGAGACAGCUCAUCACCCUUUUUUUUUUUUUUUUUUUUUUUUUUUUU